AUGGUCCGAUUCCUGCAACACGCUCGGAGGGCCCUCCUCUUCUCCCCUUCUCUCCGCUCUCCUCCAAGGCCGGUCUCCUUCGUCACCACCCCACCUACCCUUCCUUCCUUCUCUCCCUCGUGUCCGAGUCUCUCCCCGGCCAGAAGCUACAUCUCUGAGAUGCGCUGGUCGGCCUUCCAGGAGAAUCUCCUGCGAAUACUUCGCACGGAGAUAGACUAUGAGGUCGACGUUAGACCACCACAAGAGGUGACAAUCCUAUCCGUCUCAGAGAUAAAGCCCCCUCCGAUGCUUCCGUUUCCGACCUCCUUACGUCCCCUCGCGAAGAUAUUUUUCCUUUUGAGUUUAUCCGUGGGGCAUUUUUCUGAUCGGAACUGCCUUGCUUAUAAAUGAUAAUCAGCCCGUCAAGUGGUUCAAGUACUUCGAGGUGGAGGACCGACCCGGGGAGCAGUGGAUCACGCUGAAGAGUAAGUAUGGGGAGGAGGAGAUCAAGGCUGAUGUCACGAUGUUUGAUUACGCAGUUCCUACGACGGUCGACGCCAAGGUCAAAGAAUCCGAUGGGGAAACGAUGAGGCUACACAUUAGCCUCGUCGUCGAUGUGCGCAAGGGCGUCGAGAGCGAUGCCGUUUUGCAGUUCAUCUGCUCUGCGUGGCCUGAUGCUCUGGAGAUCCAGCACGUGCGCGCGGUCAAGGAUGACCACAGAAUAUCAUGCCCCUUCAUGGGGCCGAGGUUCAAGUGAGUGCUUGCACAUUGCAUUCUUGCUUGUGUAUUUCGAUGAUAUGCCUCUCAAAUGUGAUGGGUGGAGCAGGAAUUUGGAGGAGGAACUUCAACGUCCUCUGCUAGAGUACUUGGAAGAGAGGAGUGUGGAUGCUGAACUUGCUGUGUUCCUGCACCAGUACAUGAUGGACAAGGACAGGAGAGAAUUUGUUCGAUGGAUGGGGAAUGUCAAAUCCUAUGUGGAGAAGUAG